GAAAUAAAUUACAAUCUUAAAAUAAUUAAUUGUAUUUAUAUAGAUCAACUAUUAAAAAAUAAGACUAAUAAGUUAAACUAUUAUUCACCAUAACUCUUUUAAUACUCGUGAAGUUUCACCCUUUGUGUUUGAAUGAUGUAAAUGCACUUGCCCCAAUUUCAACCUCAAUUCUACCUGAAAACAACAACUUUGUCCGUAUUCUCCAUAGCCCCAAUUCCACAAAACAUGUCAUAGAACACCAACACACUCCACCAAAGAGCCUGAAUUUGGAACAGGAUUUGGGGAUUCUAAAGAAAAGGGUUAAUAGGUCUGUUGUUUUGCAGCAUAAGAAGGUGCACAUCAGGUGUUUGACGAAAUGGGUAUGUUACGGUGGACGCAUUCCUUCUAUUCUUCGGGCUCUGAGUACUAUUCAGGACUUGGAUGAGGCUCUCAUGCCAUGGCAAGAGGCCUUGACCUGCAAGAAAAUUAGUAUUAUUUUGAAGGAACAGGUUUCUUGGGAGAGGGCUCUUCAGAUUUUUGAGUGGCUUGAGAAAAAGGGUUGUUAUGAAUUGAAUGUGAUUCAUUAUACCAUUUUGGUAUCGGUUUUGCAAGAUGUGUAUUAUGGUAAAAUUGGAAGUCAAAUUAUUUAUUUUGAUAAAUUGCCCUUAUUGUUACAUAUCCUCAUAAUCCACUAAAUUAACAUGUAGUAGCUUUCAGCAAUAUCAUCGUUCGUUCUCAAUGCUGAUCUACGCAAGAUUGUUGAAGGUUGGAGUUAGAUUACAGCAGGAACAACCACCAAAAGUUAUGUUAUCCAUCAUAUUUUUGUGGAUUGUCUUUAAUAAACAUACUAUACAAAUUUAUCAAAAGAUCUAAGAUGCUGGUUAACAGGAAUAAGUAGAGUAGCACAAGCUGAAGCCAAAGUGAAACUCCUUUGCCUUACAUUGUGAAGAUCCACAGCUUCGAACACAAGUUUCAAUUUGAACACACAAGUUGUAUUUACAACGAAUCUCUUAGUUUGAAUGCAACCAAACCACCUGUCAAAUUCAAGCAUUUACAAUUUGAACUUCCUUAACUAAUUGAAUCACUUCGCAUCCAAAUUAAUUUUGGUUUUCUUCUCGAGUAUGAACUUCUGCAGCAUCUCCGCGCAAUCAGGUGACAAGUCUACGGCGGAUCCCCUAGGGCAUGGACUCAAUUCAUCCAAAGCUUGUAGAACCAAUCAGAGGCGGCGCGGAACAAAGAAGCCGCACUUGUCGAUGGUUCGGAGAAUGCAUUCCACUCUCUCACAGUAAUUGAGAUUGAUGUAGUUACAGAGCAACAAUUCUUCUCAGCCUAAUGACUGGUGCUGGGUCAACACUAAUCUUGCAGUGGAAGACCUUGAUUCUUCCAUGGAAAGACUUAGCUUGUCCAUCGGGUCUCAAGAAAACUCAGCAGCAGCAAAUAGUAGUGUUGACCCUCAUGAAUAUACUUUGACUCACUCCACAUUGGAGGAAGCUUCUUCUGAGCAUGGGAAUCAGAAUGUUAUGAAUAACUAUAAUAAUGGGGCCAUUAUUCAAGGUGCUCUUCUUACUUCAAGCCAUGACUACAACGGCUUCACCAGUACAGAACAAGAGACUCAUGAUGUUGGGGAAUCAGUUGCACAAAGACUCCAAGGUAUCAGGGGACACGUGGUUACACUAGCAAGGGAUCAGUAUGGUUGUCGUUUUCUUCAGGCCAUGAUUGAUGAUGGCAUUCCCCAAGAAAUUGACAUGAUCCUCGACGAGGUGGAGGAUCACACACACGAGCUUAUGACCCAUCACUUUGGUAAUUACCUAAUUGAGAAGUUUUUCAUAUCAGGAAAGCUCACUUUUUAUCAAUUUCAAAGGAUUCUGCGUUAUGUAAUCAUGGACGUGCAGCAGCUCAAGCAUACCUGCAUGAACGACCACGGAACUAGGGUAGCACAGAAGAUGUUAACAAGUCUGAGAGAUCCAGUGCAGAUUGCUUGUACUGUUGGAAGACUUAUGUACAUCACUGUGCCACUGCUGAAGAAUGCUAAUGGCGGUUAUGUCAUUCAACAGUGCGUGAGAGUUUUCACAGAAUCGUGUCAAAAGGUUAUUUUUGAUGAAAUAGCAAGGAACUGUGUAGAUGUUGCAACAGAUAAAAAUGGGUGUUCUGUAAUUCAGAAAUGUAUGGCCUAUGGCGAGGGAGUCCCCAUAUUGCGUCUAGUUGAAAGCAUAAUAUUAAACUCAGGAAUACUCUCAGCAGAUCCAUUUGGAAACUAUGUCGUGCAGUAUAUAAUUAAAAGGAAUAUACUAGAGCCACCUGUAACUAAAAGGAUCGUACAACAUCUUCGCGGUCGCUAUGCUGAACUCUCUAUGAACAGGCAUGCGAGCCAUGUAAUAGAGGUACUGUUUAGACAUUCUGAACCCACCGAUGUUGUCAUUAUAAUCAUGGAGCUCGUCAACAGCCCCGACUUUGUCAAUGUCCUUCGACAUCCUUAUGGGAAUUAUGUUGCUCAGAGAGCAUUGCAAUUUUCCACGGGACUUACGCAUAGAACGCUUGUACAUACAAUUUUGUCAAAUUACGCAUAUCUGCAUGCCCAUCCCUACGGUAAAAGGGUCCUAACAUUUAUCAAAGGAAUCAGGCGGGGUGUGCACGGAAUGGAUUUAUAAUGUACCACAUCGCAUGUAUGUUGUGUUUAGAGUUCGUUUAGGAAAUUUUAAAAGUUAUUUUUUUUAGUUAUUGACUUAGGAAAAGUAAUAGUAUUAAUAUC